AUGAAGGUGCAUGCACAUUGUCAUAGAGAGUAAGACAAAAAUUUCCUGGCAUUAGUUAGACAGAGUGAAAUACUGAAUCCUCCUUUACUCAGUCUAAUGCCAGAUGAUUUUACUCAUCAAGUGGAGAGCGCUCAUGCCCAAUAGGUUACUACGACUACAAUGUACAUAUGUACCUUACAACAAUAAAUGUGAUUAGAGUAUAAUAAAUUAAUGUGAUCUUUCAGCUAACCUUGGCAUCUAAAGAUCGCUUCAGUUCAAACAUGUAUGAGUACUGUUCAGGAUAGAUGUAAUCAUAAGGAAAAUAUACCAACAAGCCAUCAAUAUUUAACCUAUAAAAACAGAACAAAUAAGUGAGUCACGGCUUGCAAAAUAAAAUGUUUAGGGCAUAUUCGGCGGCUAUCCCCAAUAGUUGGUGUCUAGCACACCCCCCCCCCUCCCCCCAGAGAAGUUCAUCUGCUUUCAUAUAGUUUCUGCUUCUCAAAUAGCAAUUAGCGGACCUGCUAGUGUUAGCCUGCAUCAAUUUCUUGAAACUAUUUAUUAUAAUUGCUUUGUGUCGGCUGCAGUGGCGGAAAUCUCGGCCGGCCUCCCACCUUCAUGGAAAACUGAUGACGAAUUUUCGGAAAUUUUGACCUAUAAAAGGGCUAAAAACAGCCUUUUCGAGUGCAAAUGGGGGGGGGUGGUGGGGGGGGGAGGGGUUGACGGAUAUUUGAAAGUUUUGUCGGAAAUUUAGAAGGCUUCGCCCCCCCCCCCAACGGAAAAAGUGAAUUUCCGCCACUGGUGAGGUGACAAAAAAAUACUCAGAAAGCUUUAAUUAGCUAAAUAUCAUAGUUUAAUAUGUAAACAUAUCGAGGUUGUCAUACAGCCAUAUUUUCAAAUAUACUGUAUUGUGCUACAGUAACUAUCCAUGCAGUCAUAUAUAUGUGAUAAAAAGUCAUUUAGAAACUUAUAAACAAAAUGUAAAACUAACAGAACGGUGAACAUGCAGAUUCAGCCAUCUCAAAUAAUGGUAAUGUUGGGAUAGUAGCGUUGCAGACCUUGAAAGACAGUGGGCAGUAAGGGCCCCUCAUGCACUACCUCUGGACAACCUGCACCCCUCCUUGCAGAUGAGGUUAGAUACGCCCUGAAUGAUUCAUGCUUGGUUAUAUUUAAAUAUUGUUUAUCUUUAGCAAAUUUUAAAAAGACUGCAUAACAGCAAAUCACAGUAUAACCGAGCUGACUGGGUAAGUUCUUUGUGAUUCUCUGGAUCUGAUGUGUUCAGAAGACCUCAUUCAAUAUUAAUAGUUUUCUAAAUUAACUUUAUUUGUACUGGAUAGCUCCAUCACAUGUAACCUGUUCUCUCAAUAAGUGAUAUCGUUUUGAGCCUCGCGUUCAUGUACGUCAAACGACAAACUCCGGGCGAGGAAAAACUGUAUGCUACAGUAUACAGUAUAUGGCAAUAAAGAGCGGAUGAACUUGUUCUUUUAAAACUGCAAUCUAUCUGAUUCUUUUGAUAUAAGAAAGAAAAUAUGAAGCGAAGAAGUUAAACAAAAAUUGUGCCAAGAAAACUGUGCCUGCAGGUCACCAGGGUCUUAGCUAGAGGGCCGUGUUAUCACGGCCAAAAAUGGGAAAACAAGGCUAGAUAAAAUGAACACGGCUUCAUUAUUUAUAUAAGCCAAUAUAAGGCCGUGUAGGUUAAAAAAAUGAGGUGUUACUGCUUACAACAGACAUAAUUUCUUCCUAUAUUUAUGUCGUAAGAAAGUUUGUAAAAUCUACUGUAGUUGUUGAAAUUGGCAAAACGGAUCCGUGAUGUUUUAAUGUUUUGAUGGAUAUGGUGUUACUGUAAAAUGGUUUUAAAUACCCCCAAGAGUUGCUGAAAUAACUUAAUAUUUUAAUGUCAGUGCGCAAUAUGAGCGUAUGCUCGCCUUGUAUUUGGUUCCAAAGCAUAGAACAACCACAGGCAUUGUCUGUUGUUGGCGUGCCAUAACUAGAACCGCGAAUUUGGCUAUUCAAGGUAAUUGACAUGUGCACAUCUUGGUCAUUUAGAAACACGCCCAAGAUCUAAAAUCCUAGCUAAGACCCUGCUGGUCACAGAUGUGAUAGAUACAGUACUACUGUAUACAGUAGUAACCUCUGUGCAACGAACUAAUUUCAAUGUUCUAAACAUAGAAACAGCUAAUAUGAAAAACGCUGUUCUUAUAAACUGCGAGGACAUCAAUCUUUGUUUUCUAACAACAGAAAAAAUUUUCACUAUCAACAUAGUUAUGUAUUCAUGACAUUAUGUAGGACAACAGCUUUGCAAGACAUCAAAGAUAUCUUGCGAUUCUUCAAAAGAAACGAAAACCAUGGCAAGCAAGAUCGUACAGAGAGUUAGGUGGUGCCUUUAUUAUGGUACGUUUUGAUUGCUUAAUGAGACCUUCACUAUAUUAAACGGUUUAUUAAAAUCAAGUUAUCUCGCAGCCCGGAGGCUGAAUUACAUGAUUUUUACAAUAAUUAUAUUAAGAAAUAUAUAACUUUACAAUUAGAUCUUACUGAGGAUAAAAAUACUGAGGUAAAAAUAUUAUAAAUGUAGAAUAAAAAAACUAUAAUUAGACUAGUUCUAAGAGACUUGAUAUGUUUGAAGUGUUUUUAAAUCUAUUGGUAUUACACCUUGGAAUAUUAAAAAAGUUUGGAUUUCUUAAGUUGUAUACUGUAAGUAUUUGAAUGCUUUGUUACUAGGUAAGAGAUGGUGAAUUUUAUGAUGUUUGUCAUUCACUAUUGAUAUGAAGUUUAGUACAUAAUCCUUUCCUUCUUGUCUUCAAAGUUUCCAUAUCUAAUUCUUCUUUUCUCUCGUAUAGAAUUCACCAAGAAAAAGGCGGAAAUUGUCUGUAAGUACUGUACUGUACUGUAUAUACUGUACUGUUAAUAAAAUGUUGAGUGUCAGCGUACGAGCAAUAAGCAAAUAAUAAGAAUACAAAUAUAUGCGAGCUUGCAUGUGUAUGAUGCAACUACUGUACCUAAAAAAUAAGAAACAAGGCCCUUCGCGUGAAAGUUAGUAUAGCCAAGUUGGAAAUUAGCGCCGAUAACUUUCCCACGAACGGCCUUCGCUCGAAUCAUCGAAGUUUGUCCUUUUUCAGGUAGUUCAGUUUAAAAGCAAAGUGGUUCAAAAACAUUAAAAAUUCAUGAGGAAAACACGUACAACAAAAAAAUCAUAAGUGCAUGUGUUGUAUCUUUAUAUAUGUGAUAGAGUUUUCCCUUGAUUUACAUAAACUUUAACUUUGAUUUUUUCGACUGACGCAACGUACUUUGUUAAAAUUACUUCGCCAAUGAAGUUUCUAGAUCGAACGUUUUUGAAGCAAGUAAAACAUUCCCAGUGCGUGUUUUAUCAGACCUAAAGAUACUCGGCUUCACCUCGUAUCUUUAUAUCUGAUAAAACACUGCUGCUCAUGUUUUAAAUAAUACAUUAAAUUGAAAAAUAUCUCCGAGACAACCAUUUUCUCGGUUGUUUUAACUUGUUUUUACAGCACUUGUCGCAUCAUAUAGACAGGCUUGCCAACUCUAAGUACUGUAGUUAAUUUUUGUUAAUAUUGUUGUUUCAUUUUCGUUGUCGUUGACAUUCUCGUUGUAUAAGUUGCUGGAAUUGAGACGGCGGCGUAUAGAUUUUGCUGCGUAGAGUUUGAUGCGUCGCGUGGCGGCCUUAAGGCCCACACAGACAGGACGCGAUUCGGCAACGCGACGCGAAUUUUCAGUUUUCAAAAACAAAUAAAACCGUCAACGGAUAAAAAUUUUACAAGAUAUGCAGACCAAAUAGCUAAAAUUGCUUAAGUCAUGGUUCCGAAUAUUUGAAAAACAUUGAAAAAUAUUAAAGUUAAAUGUCAUUGAAAACUGAAAAUUCGCGUCGCGUUUCCAAAUCGCGUCCGGUCUGUGUGGGCCUUUAAACUCUCUGUGCUGAUACUGUUAAUAGUCUGUCAAGAUACGAUGGUCUGGAAGCCCGGCAAACCUGAAAACCACAAAACAGAAUACCUUUGUUAGAUAUUGAACUUUAUAAUAUAGCAUUUGUAAAUUCUGAACGCUGAUUGGCUAAGAGCCGUGUUGAUAUAACUCCAUGUCAACACGGGAAAUUUUCCGCCGCUUGUAACACGGAAAUUGUUCUUAUUCUGCGGGCUUUUGACAUUGCUAUAUUAUAAAACAAAUAUAAAACAUUUUUCCGUAUUGAUAUAUAGUUAUAUCAACACUCGUGGAAGUUGGGAAAACUCGAAAUUGUAUGAAAACACUCCGCCCUUCGGGCGUCGUGUUUCCACACAAUUUCUCGUUUUCCCAAUUUCCACUCGUGUUGAUAUAACUGUAUAUCAACACAGAAAAUGUUUUAUAUUUGUUAAGUAUAACCCGCAUUGAACUAUCUUGCCCCCCCCCCAGUCAAAGUUCUUUUCUCUAAAAUAUAAGCAAUACAUUGGAAGAAAAAUGGAAUUUAGAAGGGAGGUUUGAUAUUUUAUAGUGACUGAAAUUUGCUUUGUGAAUCUUAUGUCUUUUAUCUUAUCUUCAAAUGAUUCAAUGUCUUUUCAAAAAUGCUAAACAUUGUGUUGUAAAUACUUUGGAUUUUAAAAGUGGAUAGCCCCUAUUCCAUACCCUAUAUACAGUAUAUUAAUAGAUUUGAGUUGUUGAACGGCUAGGCUAAACAAUUUAGUGACCGAGUUGUGGUAUUUACAUAAACUGUAUCAUGCAAGUACUUAACUGAAGAUUCAGCGGCUAUCCUAUCUACAGUAUAAUGUAACGCUGUAUAUAAAGAAUGUGUUUCGGAAAACGCACGAAAUGCAGACCUGGGGUGGAAAAUACAAAAUUUUUCUGGGGUAGACUCAGUAUAGUAUGGUCCAUUUUUGUACAUGCCCCCCUCCAUGGACGAAUUCUUAAAAAAGACCCGGGUCUCAACUUCAUUAAAUAUUAUUCAAGGAUCUUGCACGUACGAAAAUAUGAUGAGCUCAAUAGUCAAUCACCGCGACUGUGCACAAAUUAGCAUAAACUCAGACAAAAAAUAACACAAUGUCUUCUGUUUAGUUUCGAGGCCAUCCUAUCUUGAUAUAUUAUGUACUGUUGUUGUUCAUGCAUGGUACGUGUUAACAUCUUGAAAUUUCUUCAUCAACAAGUUGUUCCUAUAUUUUCUGUUAGAAAACAGACACGGAAGACGAGAGUGAAGAUGACGAGGAUUCUCUUACGGAGGACCAGACCGAUGAUGAUGAUGAUUAUUCUGAGGUGUGCAUGUUCAUGAAUGAGAAUUAUUUAUUGGUAAUAUAUCCACAGAGUGGCUCUAAUUCGCUUACCAAAUAUAUAAAUUAAUAAAGUAUUCAUAAAGUCUAUAAACUAUUUUUACGAAUAUUACUGCAAUAUAACGUUGAAUAUAUAACGUGUUCGAUAUAGGACAAAAUUUUAUGUACAAAAUUACGAAUUAACUAUAAAGAUUAUCCAAGUCUUGACUAUCGAAGCGUACAUUUAGGCCAAAAAAAAAUAUGUGGGUUUCCGGUUUCCCGACCCUACCUAGCUUUUGGACGUCGAAAUCCCGACCCUAAACUUUUUUAUUGGAUCAUGCUUGUAAGUGCUUCCACUUAGAGGAAAAAGUUUGUGGAAAAUUGAAAUUUGAGGCAAUAUUAGGGAAAUUUAUCUUUGGAUGUGGAAGCACUGACCAAACAAAAUGGCGUCCGGUUGUUAGGAAAAUUAAAAAAAAAGUUUAAAAAAAAGUUAAAACCGACCUACCCUACCUAAGUUUUUAUAAGAAGAAACCGGAAACCAAUAUAUUUUUUUUGGCCUUACUUUAUUAAUGCAUGUGUGUCUUAAAUUGUUAAAUAUCAGGAUUUUGGAUAUUUUGAAUCGAUAGUUCUAAAUGUAGCGGGGAUUUUGUAGAUGGAAAAUUUUCCAAUACAAAUUAUAAUUUUUAUACAUUCUUACACUCCUAACCAGGAGCAACUGCAGAAAUGCAACUGGAGGCCCUCUGACACGGAAUCGAACUUACGGCCCUGCGAUUUUUUGUCCCUUGUUAACCAUUUGGUAAAUGUCUAUUUCAUUUAGAAAAAUUCCGAUGACGAAAAGAAGAGUGGCCUGUUUCCGGAGAUUAAGGUUUGUUCGCAAGGCUUCUUUACACUUGCAAUAGACUUUUCCCCUUUUGAGUGAAAUUUUGAUCUAGACAAGUCUGGACAAGAAUUUCAUCGCAUCACAAAAUUAGUAAUAUUCCGAAGUUUCGUUGCGAAAUAUUGUAAAAUGCGGAUAAUAUAGCCUUGCGAAGUUUGCCGUUUUUCAGUCAUUUGGUAUUACAAACGGGAAAUUGAUAAUCAAAUGAUCAAACUGAUGCAAAAUAAAUGUUAGAUUGUAAUGCAAAAUGACUGAAAAACGGCAAACUUCGCAAGGCUAUAUUAUCCGCAUUUUACAACAUUUCGCAACGAAACUUCGGAAUAUUACUAAUUUUGUGUUGCUCUUUCAAGCUGUGAUGAAAUUGUUGCCCAGGCAUAUAUAUCUAGAUCAAAAUUUUACUCAUAAAGGGAAAGGUCUAUUUUUGCUGCGAUUUUAGGUGCGAUUUUCGUGUGAUGAUGUCCACUCCGUUCUGCUAUUUCCGUAUUGUAUUAUGCUACUCUCGACUGAUUCUGUUCUGCGAAUAGACCUAUUACCUCAUGAACAAAAUUUUGAUCUAGACAAGUAUAGACAAAAAUUUUAUCACGGCUUGAAAGAGCAUCACAAAAUUAGUAAUAUUCCGAUGUUUCGUUGCGAAAUGUUGUAAAAUGCGGUUUCGUUGCGAAAUGUUGUAAAAUGCGGAUAAGUGAGUUUCGUUGCGAAAGUGAGUUUCGUUGCGAAAUGUUGUAAAAUGCGGAUAAUACAGCACUGCGAAGUUUGCCGUUUUCCAGUCAUUUUGUAUUAGGCACGGGAAAUUGAUACCGCUUUCUGAAAAAAUGUAUCAAUUUCCCGUGCGUAAUACAAAAUGACUAAAACUGAACGGCAAACUUCGCAGUGCUAUAUUAUCCGCAUUUUACAACAUUUCGCAACGAAACUUCGGAAUAUUACUAAUUUUGUGAUGCUCUUUCAAGCUGUGGUGAAAUGUUUGUCUAGACUUGUCUAGAUCACAAAUUUUGUUCAUUAGGGAAUAGGUCCAUUACGUGUGCUGUUCUGCUAAUACGUACAGUAUGCUACUGUAUUUCUGUUGAUGUAGCUUGGUUCAUGUUAGCACAUCCAUUACGAGGUCCUGAUAGAGGAAGCCAUAUCGCGGGUCGUAGCGUUCACAGCCAGCGAAUUGAGCGUUUCUGGAGGCAUCUGUUUACCGGGUUUACGUACACAUAUUACCAUUUAUUAUUUAUUGAAAAUAAUUCAAGAGUUUUGAUUGGCCAAGAGCUGUCGAUGAAAUGAUCAUAUCGGCUCGGUAGCUGCCCAAAUCUGGAGUUAUGACAUCACCGUGGAAUAUUGAAAACAAAUAUACCACGUUUGACGUAAUCUCGUGGUGUAUUGAAAAACAAUGUAACACGCCAUGACGUCACGCUAAUUUAUGCAGCUUAUGCCCAAAGCGGGAAAAUACAAACGCCUUCCUCAAAGGAAAGUUUGGCCGACCUUUUUUGUGUAUUCCGACAAAUAAAUAAUAAAACAAUUAUUGAAUUCGGUUCUCGCAGGAUAUGAGGAAUUAUUAAGGCCUCGAUUUGUGUUAUCUGCCUCAGCCAUCGGCUUCGGCAGAUAACACAAACUUCUGCCUUAUACUAAUUCCUCAUAUUCUACUCAACCUCAUUCAAUAAUUACAUGCAGAACAAUUUACAUUUCUAUUGUCACUGGGAAACUGUUGACAAUGGUUUGAACAUAUUACUUAAAUAGUCUGGAGCCAAGUUAGUUCAAGAUUUAUAAACUAGGCAAAUUAUACCAUAUACAUAACUCUGUACUUUAUCGGUAAUAUGUUUGACUGUUCGAAAAGUGGUUUAGAUUGAGCAAGUUUAGAUUUAUCACAAAUUAGUCUUAAAAUAAGUUUUGUAGUUUAUAUAUUCUUGAUGUGUGUGGUGAUUGUCCCCAAACAUUACAGCAACAUUAAUCCUUGUUUGAAAGAACGUUUAAUAAAAUAGAAUCCUUGUUCGAAGUGGCACUCAGUGGCAGAUACAAUGUUGAUUCGGCGGAACAGAGCGAUAAGUUCACAUAUGAGCUUAUUGAUAUGAGCUUAUUCACAUGAGCUUAUUUUAAAUUUUGAUGAAGUAUUAUUCCACAAUGAUGCACUGUAUAUUCUUCCCAGAAUUCAACAGGAAACUAUUACCUCGAUCAAUGUGAAAAUACUUGA